ACAAAAAUGGAACUGUUUAAUGCGAUAAGUUUAUUUAAUCGUCGAAAAUAUGAAGAAUGUGCAACAAUAUGUACUAAUUUACUCAGAAAGAAACCAUUAGAUCAGGCUGUUUGGAUAUUAAAAAUGCGAGCAUUAACGUUACAAUUGUAUGUGGAUGAUAUUGAAGGCGAAGAAGAAGGUAUCGCUGAAAGUUUAUUAGACAAUUAUACGAUAGCUUCAAUGCCUAGACCUGGUACGUCGUUAAAACAUCCAGGUACUGCUAUGAUAGGUCAAGGUGUUCGUCCUAAAACUCAAUCAGGAAGACCUGUCACUGGUUCAAUAAGACCUAUGACACAAUCUGCCAAUGCUCAGACAGUAGAGCAAGCUUUAAGAACACCUCGUACGGCAAUGACUGCGAGACCUAUAACUACUUCAUCAGGACGGGCAGUAAGACUUGGAACAGCAUCAAUGUUAUCAGAGCCUGAUGGACCAUUUAUUCAAAUUUCACGAUUAAAUAUAUCGAAAUAUGCAAGUAAAAGUGGAAUUGCAAAACCUCUUUUUGAAUAUAUUUUUUAUCAUGAACAUGAUGCAAGAAAUGCACUAGAUUUAGCAGUACAGGCAAUUCAAGCAUCUAAUUUCAAAGAUUGGUGGUGGAAAGUACAACUAGGCAAAUGUUAUUACACUCUUGGGCUUGUUAGAGACGCAGAAGAACAAUUUAAAUCAGCCUUAAAAGAGCACAAAAAUAUAGACAUAAUUGUAAGAUUAAUUAGAGUAUUUAUAAGACUAGAUCAACCUCUGGCUGCUUUAGAUUUAUGUAAACGAGGCCUUGAAUAUUUUCCGAACGAUGUAACGAUUCUCACAGAAAUGGCUAGAGUUUUUGAAGGAUUAAAUAGUACAACAAUGUCAGUUAAAUAUUAUAAAAUGGUAGCACAAGAAGAUGCUGCUAAUAGUGAAGCUAUCGCAAGUAUAGGAAUGCAUCAUUUUUAUAAUGACCAACCAGAAUUAGGACUACGAUAUUAUCGGAGAUUACUUCAAAUGGGAGUAUACAAUGCAGAAUUACUUAAUAAUCUUGGUUUAUGUUGUUUCUACGCACAACAAUGGGAUCAUACAAUAUCAUGUUUUGAAAGAGCUUUAAGUCUUGCCACUAAUGAAAAUGCUGCUGAUAUUUGGUACAACAUUUCUCACAUUGCUAUUGUAAGAGGGGAUUAUAUUCUAGCUGAAGAAUGUCUUCGAUUAGCGGUAUCUAUAGAUAAUAGACAUGCAAGUUCUUACAAUAAUUUGGGAGUACUAGAAAUUAAAAAAGGAAAUUUAACUGCAGCACGAACUUAUUUUCAUGCGGCUGCUAGUAUUGUUGAUUAUAUGUACGAACCUCAUUUCAACAGCGCUUUUUUAGCACACGAUGUUGGUGACUUACAAACUGCAUAUCUUGCAGUUCAAAAAUCACUUUAUGCGUAUCCUAAUCACGUUGACACUAAAAUACUUUUCAAACAAUUUGAGCAUCAUUUUUUUUAUGAUUAA